AACCUAGCGGGGAAUUCAACGAGCUUGCCUCGCUUUAGGUUCAUUUCAUACUCAGCUGUGAGCGCAGUUUAAAGACAUUCAGGGGUUGCACGUAGAAUCAGCUUCGCACGAUUUUGCAUUGUUCAGAAUUCUCAACAAAGACUUGCAUCAAUGCAACGUUAAUUCCCACGUAAACCUAGAGAAAUAAAUCUACAUAUUUCUCUUUUUUGCCUGAAAAAUAAGCAGCUUGGAGGCAAUGUCUUCGUUUCUGUUUGGAAAUAACGUCAACCGGGAGGAUGCUGAAAAUCUUGCAUCAAGGCGUGUAAAACAAGUGAAUACUGGUCUUAGCUCGAGAAAUGCACCAAAAAGGGCAGCACUUGGGAGUAUAUCGAACAACAUCCGAGUCCAGCCAUCCAGGGCAGCCAAGAUUGGAGUUGAAAAUGAUCAGGAUGAAAAUGCAUUUGCCAAGCCAGCAAAAAUAUUUGGAGGCCAGGAGAACAAGCCAUUUUCUAUAUUUGUGGAGGAGCAGCCAGCAAGACAAGCUUUAAAACCAGUGACCAGGUCAAGUAAUGUUGCAAAGCCCCCUGCCACACUCUGUGACAUCACAUCCCUUGUUCGACCUCCUCUGGGACCUAUCUCCAUAGCCACAGAGGACGAGGCUCUACAACAAGAGGAUGGAUUUGAUUCACCAAUGGUUUUGGAUGCAACAAUAGAAGACCUCGAAUCAAAACCUCUUGACAGAGAAUCAAUCAUCACGACUGUCCCGGAGUACGCCAAAGAGAUUUAUUCUUACCUCAGAGAGGCAGAGAUGAAAAACCGUCCCAAGCCUGGUUACAUGAAGAAACAACAGGACAUAACCAACUCGAUGCGGAGUAUUUUGGUGGACUGGCUGGUGGAGGUAUCGGAGGAAUACAAACUACACAGGGAAACUCUCUUCCUGGCCGUUAACUACAUAGACAGGUUUCUGUCCCAGAUGUCAGUUCAGCGGAGUAAGCUUCAGCUUGUCGGUGCUGCCAGCAUGUUCUUAGCUUCAAAAUAUGAAGAAAUCUAUCCACCAGAUGUGACCGAGUUUGCUUAUAUUACAGAUGAUACUUACACCAAAAAACAGGUGUUGAGGAUGGAGAGUCUGGUUUUGAAAGUCCUGUCCUUUGAUGUGGCUGUACCCACUACUAAUUGGUUCUGUGACAAUUUGCUGAAGGAAUGUGAUGCUGACGAAGAGACGAGGGCCCUGGCCAUGUUUUUGGCAGAGUUGACUUUAGUCGAUUCUGAAAUUUUCCUGAAAUACCUGCCAAGUGUCAUCGCCUCAGCAGCCGUUUGUCUCGCCAGGUACUCCUUGGGACAGGAAGCUUGGCCUGCCAACCUGUCUCAAACUUCCCUGUAUGAAACCAGUCAUUUUGCUAGCUGUCUGACAGAACUUCAUCAGACCUACUGCAAUGCACACAAACAUCCCCAGCAAGCCCUUGUGGAGAAAUACAAAAAUUCCAAGUUCCUCGAGGUUGCUGACUUUCAGAAACACCCACCUCCAGACUCCCUGCCCUACAUGUCAUAAGGAAAACUAUGACCACACCAAAGGUCUUUCAGAUUGAAAAGGUCACGCAAGCAAAGUUUUCAUGAGAGGACCUGGGAAAAUAGACUGAUCUCCAGCACAGAGCACCUUCUGUGUCCCAAGUUUUAAGUUAUCAUGUACUGCACAGCUAAUGUUGCCAAAAACCUUGUUCUAUCAAUUUAAUCUUAGAAUGAGCACCUGUUUUUAACCUACUAAAAUUGUUAAGAAAAUGUCAAUCAUUGAAAAGUCACCGUAUUUUAUGAUGUUUUUAUUAUUUAAUUCCGGUGACAUUAUCUCUCCAGUACGUGAUAGACAAAUCUAAAAGUGACUACAGCAACGUUUGACGGUAGUUCUUCAUGGGUUCUAUUAAUAGACUGAUAACAGAAGUUGACCCAGUGUGACUUUUAAUGGAAGUUGUCCUACUGUGGAUGACAGAUUCUCGUUGGAGCUCUCGGUGCAAUAGAAGGCAGCAGUCAUAUUCACUUGUGUUGUGUUUAAAUGUCCCAAACCAAAAGACACUUAUUUUAGUACAAGCAUGACUGCGUUGGUUGAAUGUGAAGGCAUUUUUAUCAUUGUAAAUACAUCAGAAUUAUUUCAUGCAUGUUGGAUAUUUUUAUAUGUGACACUUAAUUUAUUUUUAAACCUCAGCAACCUUUAAUGUUUUAUUUGAUACUUUCAGAUCUUUUUAUUGCCUGUUCUUAAAUCUGAUUCUGUCCUCUGUUUUGUUUUUUAGUUACUAUUUUAUGGAUCUUGUAGAAAAUUCUCUUAAAGGUUGUUGCAAGAAAUCAUUGUUUGAAAUUGUGAGAAUUUUUAUGUGUGUAUCAUGAUUAUAUUAAAUGUAUGACAGGUAAAUGAAGCCUAUUCAAUAAUAACAGCCGUGUUCACUUGUUCUUGUGGUGUUGGUAGUAGAACAUAGAUAACUGAAUGGUCAGCGCAGAUCUUUCAUUUUAAAGUUCACUCAUUUUUAUACCUUUGUAAUAAAAAUUGAAAUAAACUGAAAAUAUUCAA